CUCCAUAUAAAGACAGCUAACAACGCGAUCAAUGAACUUUCCAGAAAUUCUUUGUCCCGAGUUAUCGCUUCUCAUAUAAAAGGGUGCCCAUACGGACGCGUGCUACAUUGUGUUUUGUUGCAACGUACUUUAUAUAUUUUUGUGUGUGUACCGGUGAUUAGAAAUAGACUGAAAAUAUGGAUUUCAUGCCGAUUUACUACCGCCCAAUGUCUGCACAACAGCAGACCGGCUCCUUUCGCGACCUCCUUAGGCAUAUGAUGCAUGAGGAGAUGUCUGGAAUACCCCAAACUCAACAGCACCCGGCUUUGCACCACAGACGUCGAGACAUACCCGAGAAAUGGAGCAAAACUAUUCGCCUGGACCACUACCACCCCGACGAAGUGAAAGUCGUCGUUAAGGAUGGCACCGUCCGGAUCCAUGCUAAACACCUUGGUGGGGAUGAGCUUAAUAGCGAUGUCCGAGAAUCCACCCGUACCAUCAGAAUUCCCGAGGGUGUGGACCAAAGUAAGGUCCAUUGUUACAUGAGUAACGAGAACCAUUACACGGUAGAGGGACCAUUUUUGCCUGAUGAGGAUGAGGAAAUGGAGGUCAAAUUGGAGAAUGUACCCGCCAUUACGGAUGGGAGUGAAGAGGACAUGCAGGUCGCAGAGCAGGGUCCGUACCAAGAAAAUCUGGAUCUAUCCGUGUUUGAUCCCAAUAGUAUAAACAUUACCCGUAAAAAGAACGUCGUCUGCAUUUCUGCUGAAGAGGCGAAGGAUGAAGAUGGCAUUAAAGUUCACAGGUCAUUCCGCAAGGCGUUCACUCUCCCCGAGGGUGUCGAUUACAAACAGGUCAAGGCCGCUCGAGGUAGAGAUGGGAAAAUCGCUAUUAUGGCACCUAAAAUGGAUAGUUAAUUAAAGAGGGACAUUAAAUAUCGUGAAAUUCAGAAAUUCUGCUGUUUGGCAGGGAGGACCAAUUUGUGUAAAUUGUGUUGACAGUAUAAUUUGUUUUGAAUGAAAAAGUUCAAGUUUGAGUGUGUACAUCAUGGAUAAAAAAUACCAUUUUCACAAUUUUUAAAAGUUUUGAGUGUGUUAAACAUUGAUCAGAUUGUUUUAUUGUGUUGUAGAUUGUACAAGUAUUAUGGUUUAUAUGGAAGCAGUUUGAUGAUUCAAAUUAAAAUGUCGCAAAUUCA